GUUAUUACUUUCCAAGGAAUCUCUGUCUUGAAGCUGACUGUUACACACUCAGGAGGUCAGAAUGGACCUUUAAACUUAUAGCAAAGGACUUACAUUAAAAGUAACAAUCAAAUAUAAAAAAAAUAUAUAAAUGCACAGACAGAGCGAUGUCUCCCGUUAGAGGUGUUCUGGGCACAUCCAACUGGUAGGAGGCCCCGGGGAAGACCCAGAACACGGUGGAGGGAUUAUAUCUCUCUCCUGGUCUAGGAAUGCAUCGGGGUCCCCCAGGAGGAGCUGGACGUUGUGGCUGGGGAGAGGGACGUCUGGAAUGCCCUGCUUAGCCUGCUGCCCCCACGACCCGGCCCAGGAUAAGCGGAGGAAAAUGGAUGGAUGGAAAGAUAAGACUCUUGUGACUCAAUGUGACCAGUUUCAUUCACUGAUGCUGUACAUCCAGCAGAGGGAGCGCUCUCACUGUUAAUGGACUGAGCUACCUCCAUUAUGUCUUCCUUUCACAUUGAAGAAUGGAGGAGAUGAGUGAGGCGUCAUUGGCUUUCCCUGUCAGGGUCUUCACUCUGCAGGAGGAGCACAUGGAGACACAUGAGAAGGAGGUGAGGAGACUGCAGCAGGUCAGUGUGUGCAGGCAGGGAGCCCAGCAGGAGCUCACUGUGCUCCUCAGCAUGGGACUGGAGGCUCCGCAGCUCACUGUGCAGGAUGUCAACAGAGCAUCACUCUUCCAGUUCACUGUUUCCAAUGAGAUGGACAGCUGUCAGGUCGGAGCACAGUCUUUCAUGGUCACUGUCGGCAAGCUAAGCCUUCUGCUGCAGUUCAGAACUCCAACUGAUAUGAAAAGCUUUCAACACGUGUUAAAGAGAGGGAGUAAUGGUGAGGCUAUAAGAGGUUGCACAAAAGGAGAUGAGAGAGGAAACAAGGAUGGAGAGAGGGGUCAAAGGAGACAUCCCAACAUGUUUGAAAGAUGGACUGAAAAUGCCCCAACUCAGGGCUACGAGUUUCACAGCUGUCUGUCCCAACAGCAAAGCCUACUGCAUGAUUAUCUGAGGAUUGCCACCUACCAGAGAGCCAUUUUACUCAAUGAGAGUGACUUCAGAGGCAAGGUGGUUCUGGAUGUGUGUUGUGGUUCUGCUAUCCUGUCUUUCUUUGCAGUCCAAGCAGGAGCAACCAGAGUGUAUGCUGUUGAGUCUGACCCAAUGGCCAAGUAUACACAGAUCCUGGUCCAGAAUAACUGUCUGUCUGAGCAGAUCAAGGUCCUAGAAGGCGAGGUGGAGGAGGUCAGCUGUCCUGACAUGGUAGAUGUCAUUGUCUCUGAACCAAUGGGAUACAUGCUGCUCAAUGAGAAACUCAUGGAGAGUUUCUUGCAUGCCAGAAAAUGGCUCAAACCCAAUGGUCUGAUGUUUCCCUCCUAUGGUGAUAUUCAUCUGGCUCCUUUCAGUGACGAGCAGCUCUACUUCGAACACUGCACAAGAGCUACUUUCUGGCAGCAAAGAAACUUCUAUGGAGUGAACCUGAGUGCUCUUCACAGCGCUGCAGUGGAUGAGUUUUUCACUCAGCCUAUAGUGGACACAUUUGAUGUGCAGAUCCUGAUGGCCAGGUCCGUCAAGCAUUGCAUCAACUUCAUGGAGGCUAAAAAAGAAGAUUUGCACAGGAUGGAGAUUCCGUUUGUGUUCACACUACUGCAGUCCGGGCUGGUCCAUGGGCUGGCCUUCUGGUUCGAUGUUGCCUAUCUGGGGUCCAAGUCCACAGUGUGGCUCUCCACAUCUCCCACGGAGCCUCUGACCCGCUGGUCUCAGGUCAGAUGUUUGCUUCAGACACCGCUCUUUGUCAAGCUGGGACAGACUCUGUCUGGGACUGUCCUGCUGGCUGCUAACAACAGGCAGAGCUAUGACAUCCACAUCACCGCCACAGUCGACCAAUCAGGCUUCACAUCUGGAAACGUCCUGGACCUCAAGAACCCUUUCUUCAGAAUCCCGUCUUGGUAAAUAUGUCUGGAGCGUUGGAGACAGAAAGGCGGACCUCUCACCUCCAGGAUGAAGAGUGUGGACAGCAGAGGAAACUCAUAAGGAAUCAGAUGUCACACCUCCACACAACUUCUCUUCUGUUUGUUAAUUUAAAGUUUGUUUUUAAAGGUGACAGCCAUUUAAUAUGAACGUCAGAUUUUGUAAUAGCCUGCACUGUAUUCAUAGGCAUUCUUACACAGAAAUCACAACAUGAUAAAACUCUUUAAGUCAAAUCAUUUUUUAUAACUGCAGUUUUCUUUGAAUGUAUUAAUAAUAAUUAGUAAUUAGUUGUAAUAAAAUGUUCCCUUCAAA